AUGCUCAUGGCCGCCGCCGCCAUGCACAUGGACUCCACCCACCCGUCCUCCACAGGGUCCAUCAUCAUAUCGCCGCCGCCAUGGCACCCAGCCGUACCCGUACCCGUGCCCACCCACCACCACCAGCAGGACCUUUCCGCGCCAUCCCCAUCCCCGUCCCCUUCCCCGCCGCCGCGCAACAACCACCACCUCCGCCCCGCGGCCGCCCGCCGACCGUCCAGCAGGCGCCGCCCGCGGCCGUCGCGGAAGGUGCCCACCACGUACAUCACCGCGGACGCCGCCAGCUUCCGCCGCAUGGUGCACCAGGUCACGGGCGCCGACGACCUGCCGCCUCUGGCGCCGCAGCACGAGGCGACCACCCUCUGCCGCCCGGCGCCGUCCCGCGCCGCGGCGGCCGGCGCGCUGCCGACGCUGGAUACGUCCGCGCUCCUGCUCGGCAACAGCGACGGCGGGUCCGGGUCCGGGUCCGCCCGGGGGACAUUGGGGCCGGACGCGUCGGUGCAUCUUGCGGCGGCAUCGGAGGUGGAUGUGGGGGCCGGUGUCGGUGUUCGUGCAGGACUCGGGGUAGCGGGCUACAGCAGCAGCGAUUGCGGCGCCGGCGCCGGCGGCUUCCCGACCUUGGAGUCGUGGGACGCUCUCUUGUACUAG